AUGGCCCCUCCUCGGGGAAGAGGUCCGAAAGGGCGUAAAGGGCGUCCUAUGAAACGAAAGGGCGGCCCUGGCUUCACAGCAUCCCGCAUUGAUGAAGUAGAGUCCGAAAGCUCAUCUGGUGAAGAGGACCAAAUCGAGGAACAAUUCGAGGAUGAAAUGCAGGAAGAAAUGCCCGCCGAUGACGCAUCAUCGGAUAGCGAUGAAGACGAUCAACAAUCGGGGCAGCCGUACAAUGAACUACUCCAGCUGCUUCAAGCAAAGACAGACAACCCUGGACCGGCGCGCAAAAAGAGGAAAGUGGGCCACCAGAGCAAGGAGGAGCUGGAUGAAGCUCAGAGUGACGCUGUAGCGAUGAGGGAGGACGAAGACGGGCAAUCGCUCGACGACGACCUACAGCAGCAAGAGCCGGACGAGGAAGGUGGGCUGGAGGAACAAGACCUUGAUAUACAAGAGGACAGCAAUGACGAAGAAAAUGGAAAUGAUCCGUUUGAGUCGCACUUCCAAAGUCCUAAUGAGAGCGAACUGUCUCAGAAAAUCAAGGCUGCAUCUGAGAAUAAGUGGAAAAAUAUGAAAAAGGAGCUCCCUAGUGGGUUGAAAAUUUGGCGUGCAGUCCCCGACUGUGGCCAAAAUGACGUGCCUUUGUUGGGAGCGAUGAAGAGCCUGUCGAGUGUGAAGGUCAAGAGAAAGCUCAAGUCUUCUAUUGCUGAGCGCAUUCCAAACCUUAGGGGGAAUGUGCAGCAGGCUUCCCCUUACAUUUUCGACUACCAAGAUGUUUUAUAUGGUGCUCGAACAGCAUCAGAAUCUGCCAACAUGCGAGACCUGUUGGCGGUGCACGCUACUAACCAUGUACUCAAAACUAGGGAUCGUGUACUUAAGAACAACACUCGUGUGGCGAAAGAGCAGGACGCCGACCUGGAAAUCCGGGAUCAGGGUUUCACGAGACCAAAAGUACUCUACCUCUUGCCCACGAAGCAGGCCUGCGUUCGGGUAGUCGAAGCGAUAACCCGAUUUUUCCAACCUGAGCAACAAGAGAACAAGAAACGAUUUACCGACACAUUUUCGGCUGCUAAUGAUCCAUAUUGGGAGAAUAAGCCGGAGGAUUUCCGCGAGCUAUUCGGCGGGAAUGAUGACGAUAUGUUCCGACUAGGUCUCAAAUUCACACGAAAAACGCUCAAGUUCUUUACGCAGUUCUAUACCUCGGAUUUGAUCCUCGCAAGUCCACUGGGAUUGCGAACCAUCAUGGAUCAGGCAGAUGCCAAAAAACGAGACUACGAUUUUCUGUCAUCGAUUGAAGUGGUUAUCGUUGACCAUGCAGACGCACUACUCAUGCAAAACUGGGACCACAUCAGCUAUAUCCUAAAACAUCUCAAUCUCCAGCCAAAAGAAGCGCACGGCUGUGAUUUCAGCCGCGUUCGAACCUGGUACCUGGAUAAUAAUGCACGACAUGUCCGGCAACUUAUCAUGCUCUCCUCCUUCAUCACUCCCGAAAUCAACUCUGUCUUCUCGACGCAGAUGCAGAAUUUCUCUGGGAGGGUUAAAUUCAAUCCUGUUUACAACGGAGCAAUAUCUGAACUCCCACUUCCUGUCCCGGUUAAACAAACCUUCUCCCGCUUCGACUGUCUUUCCCCAGCCAAGGAUCCAGAUGCUCGAUUUAAACAGUUCACAACGACCAUCUUAUCCUCUCUCGUCCGCAACAUUACCACUAGCCGCAACAAGGCAAGCGCUGGCGGCACCCUCAUCUUCAUCCCAUCAUAUCUAGAUUUUGUUCGUCUCCGCAACUAUUUCGCCACAUCACAGCAAACUACCAACGUCUCCUUUGGCGCGAUAUCCGAAUAUACCGAACCUCGAGAAAUCAGCCGCACACGUUCUCAUUUCAUGAACGGCCGACAGUCCGUGCUUCUAUAUACCGAGAGAAUGCAUCAUUUUCGCCGCUACCAACUCCGCGGUGUCAAGCGGGUCAUCAUGUACGGUGUCCCCGACAACCCUGUCUUUUGGGGGGAGAUCGUGGGAUUUCUGGGACUAGAUCCAGCCAGCGUUGUCGAAGCCUCUGAGGGAGGGGUGCGCGCCUUGUUCUCCAAAUACGAUGCACUAAAGCUGGAGCGGAUUGUCGGGACGAAGAGGGUUGGGAAUAUGCUGCGGGAGAAGGGCGGUGAUACCUUUACUUUUAUGUAG